UGUUUGAUGUGAGUCUCCCUCCAUGCCAGUCUCUCUCUCUCUCUCUCUCCUCCCUCUCUCUCUGUAUCCCUCUAUCACUCUCUCGGCUCGGACCGGACACACGCGAUGGACUCGGACGGCACUCAGAGCGGCUCGGAUUCCCCGCAUGACCCCUGCAAAAUGUUCAUCGGCGGUCUGAGUUGGCAGACUACUCAAGAGGGUCUGAAGGAUUAUUUCUGCAAAUUCGGUGAGGUGAAGGAGAGCAUGGUGAUGCGAGAUCCGGUUACAAAGCGCUCCAGGGGCUUUGGGUUUGUCACGUUUGCCGACCAGGCCGGUGUGGACAAAGUUCUGGCUCAAACCCGACACGAGCUCGACUCCAAAACGAUCGAUCCGAAGGUGGCGUUCCCUCGUCGAGCUCAGCCCAAGCUGGUGACGAGGACAAAGAAGAUCUUUGUGGGCGGAUUAUCAGUGAACACGACGAUCGACGACGUGAAGCAGUACUUCGACCAGUUUGGGAAGGUGGACGAUGCCAUGUUAAUGUUUGAUAAAACCACCAACAGACACAGAGGUUUCGGCUUCGUGACGUUCGAGAAUGAGGAUGUGGUGGAGAAGGUGUGUGAGAUCCACUUCCACGAGAUCAACAAUAAGAUGGUGGAGUGUAAAAAGGCUCAGCCGAAGGAAGUGAUGUCACCGGCGGGGUCCUCCAGGGGCCGAGCGAGGGUCAUGCCCUACGGCAUGGACGCCUUCAUGCUGGGGAUCGGCAUGCUGGGUUAUCCAGGAUUCCAGGCAGCAACAUACACUGGCCGCAGUUACACCUCUAUCACUCCAGGAUACACGUAUCAAUUCCCAGAAUUCCACUUAGAGAGGACCCCCCUCCUGACUUCACCCCACCCUCCCGAACUCACAGCGAUCCCUCUGACAGCGUAUAACCCGAUGGCGGCGGCGGCUGCAGCGGCUGUGGUUAGAGGCUCCGCCCCCUCUCGCUCUGCUGGCUUCCUGAGCACCAGCAGUCCUGGACCAAUGGCAGAGCUUUAUGGAACGGCCAGUCAGGAAUCGACAGUGAGCAGUUACAUCAGCGCUGCAAGCCCCGCCCCCAGCACCGGCUUCAGCCACAGCCUUGGGGGUCCUCUGAUCGCUACAGCGUUCACUAACGGCUACCACUGAGACUGCAGAUGAAUGGACGAGCCAAUCAUGCGCUUCCAUGGAGAAAAACUACACUAGUGUUUCCUGUGUUUCUCUUACAUCACUUCCUGUACUAACAUUGUCUCUGUCUCACUCUUAACAGAAGGACAUGUAAAUAUUUUAUUUCUGGUACGAAGGAAAAGCUUUCUCGCUUUUUAAAACUGCGGUUUUAUCUUUUAAGUACUUUCAUUCUUCCUGUUGAUUUUUUUUCCCGUUGUGUCCGACAUGCUGUUUACUUUUGUUCCAUGUUUUUUCAAGACACUGUAGGUUUAAAAUCGUAGCCUCAUCUUUUAAGAUGUCAAAACAUUGAUGGGAGCAAUAAUGUGUGUCCUGAGCAGGCAUGUGCUGAUGUUUAUUUUUUAAAUCACGGUAAUUCCUGGGUGAGAAAUCACACUUUUGUAACGAGCUCACUAUUCUCCAGUUUUAUAUGCUAAUUUUGCUAAUAAUGACAACAAACUAAAAUCAUCUCAGAAGUCCUGUCAGGUUCGCUCAUGUUAGCCGACUAGCUAGCACUAACACUGAACAUUCCAAACAUUUAUAAACUUCACCAAAAAUACUCAAAUUAUCAGUGAUUUCUAGAGAGCUAGUGUUAGCAGGAUAUUAGGAAUUUUCACGACAGUGAGUUCAGAAUUCCUCUCAGAAAUCCAGUCAGGUUAACUCACAUUAACUAGCUAGCUAGCAUUAGCAGUGACAAUUCUAAACAUUGAUGGAUAUGACAUUUCUCUUAACUUCUGUUGUCUUUUGUUGUCCAGUAAGCUAGCAUUAGUAGUGAUUGCUAGCUAGCUGAUGUUAAGAGUAAAUUCAUCAUACUAUGAACUAAAUAAUUUCCAUCAGUCAGAUUAUCUCACGUUAACUUACUAGCUUUAGCAGUGACUCAAGCAAUGAAUUGUCUCUCAAAGUCUUAAAGUCUUCUUGGGUUAGAUUUUGGUUGGCGAGUUAGCUAGCUAACAUCAUCAUGGAUGAGGAAACUAAUACUCUCAGAAAUGAAAGGCGAUGGUAUGUUUGUUUUCUAGCUAGCAUCUGUUAGCCGUGAAGAUGAAGGACAUUUUAAUGUAACUUUAAAGUUCCUCUCAUAAAUCCUAUCAGGUUAGCCCGUAAAACUCCGCACACAGGUGUUACCAUGGUGACCGGCACAUGCCUCGACCUGAACACUGUUUGAUUUCGUUUUUUUAAGGAUACAAUGCAUUUUUUUCAGAUGCUAAUUUUUCUACGGAAAAUAAAUAUUCGGAAGGAAUGUCAAAAAUGUAUAUUUUUGGUAGUUUUGCAACUGGAUUUUAUGAUAUUUGAUUGCGAUCAGAUGAACCGAGGACAUAUUUUUCAUGGAAUUCGAUCUUUUUUUGUCUUGUAAAGGAUUUUAAACGCUGUCUUUUGGAUCUUGUUGAGAUCAAAAUCAAUUCACUGUGGAAAACAUCUGUGAUGUGUGUGUGUGUGUGUGUGUGUGUGUGCGCAACAUGCGAUAAAAUCUUUGUACACUUAACACACUCUGUUUUCUUUAAAUUUAAUAUGUUGAACUUUUUUAACUUGUAAUGUUUAUCGUGUGUGUCAAGUAUGACAGGCUACUAAUAAUGCUGGAAGUGUGUGUGUGUGUGUGUGUGUGUGUGUGUGUGAGAUGUGAUUUAUAAUGUGAAUGUAAUGACUCUCACUGUAACACUAAACCUUGUCGUUAACGUCUCUGUGUUCAAGAUGGCCGACUGUUCAAAACCGUUCCCCUUAAACACCAUUAAUAUGAAGUAACGUGUUUUUGGGGGACAUUUGUUGAGUUUGUUUUAUUUUGUUUUUUGUUUUAUUUUGUUUUGUUUUUUGAAGACUGAUUUCAGUGACAUUAACUCCAGAUCUCUUCCAUCAUGUCUCCUGUCAAA